AUGAAGCUGGUCCGCGCCCUGCUGCCCCUGCUCCUGCAGGCCUGCUGGGCCGCCGCCCAGGACGAUCCCUCCAACAACAAGGCCAUUGCGUUCCAAGAUUGCCCAGUGGACUUGUUCUUUGUCCUGGACACCUCUGAAAGCGUGGCCUUGAGGCUAAAGCCCUAUGGGGCCCUGGUAGACAAGGUGAAGACCUUCACCAAACGUUUUAUUGACAACCUGAGAGACAGGUACUACCGAUGUGACCGCAACCUGGUGUGGAACGCGGGCGCGCUGCACUACAGCGACGAGGUGGAGAUCAUCAGCGGGCUGACGCGCAUGCCGAGCGGCCGCGAUGAGCUCAAGAGCAGCGUGGACAAAGUCAGAUACUUUGGCAAAGGCACCUUCACCGACUGCGCCAUCAAGAAGGGGCUGGAGGAGCUGCUCGUCGGGGGCUCCCACUUGAAGGAGAACAAGUACCUGAUCGUGGUGACGGACGGACACCCCCUGGAGGGCUACAAGGAGCCGUGCGGCGGCCUGGAGGAUGCGGUCAAUGAGGCCAAGCACCUGGGGGUCAAAGUCUUCUCAGUGGCCAUCACACCUGACCACCUGGAACCCAGGCUGAGCAUCAUCGCCUCUGACCACACGUAUCGGCGCAACUUCACGGCGGCCGACUGGGACCAGACGAGGGACGCGGAGGAGGUCAUCACCCAGACCAUCGACACCAUCAUCGACAUGAUUAAAAACAACGUGGAACAAGUGUGCUGCUCCUUUGAAUGCCAGCCUGCCAGAGGCCCUCCUGGACCCAGGGGCGACCCUGGUUAUGAGGGUGAACGUGGGAAGCCGGGACUCCCAGGAGAGAAGGGUGAAGCUGGAGACCCUGGAAGACCGGGUGACCUUGGACCUGUUGGCUACCAGGGGAUGAAGGGAGAAAAAGGAAGUCGUGGGGAGAAGGGCUCAAGAGGACCCAAGGGCUACAAGGGCGAGAAGGGCAAGCGAGGCAUCGACGGUGUGGACGGCAUGAAGGGGGAAAUGGGGUACCCAGGGCUGCCAGGCUGCAAGGGCUCACCUGGAUUUGACGGCAUUCAAGGGCCCCCUGGACCCAAAGGAGACCCAGGCGCAUUUGGACUGAAAGGAGAAAAGGGCGAGCCUGGAGCAGAUGGGGAGCCUGGGAGACAAGGGAACACAGGGCCCCCUGGAGACGAGGGUGAGCCGGGACAGCCUGGUCCCCCAGGAGAGAAAGGAGAAGCCGGGGAUGAGGGGAACUCGGGACCUGAUGGCCCUCCUGGGGAGAGGGGUGGCCCUGGAGAAAGAGGACCACGGGGGACACCUGGCGUGCGGGGCCCCAGAGGAGACCCAGGUGAAGCUGGACCGCAAGGUGACCAGGGAAGAGAAGGCCCUGUUGGCGUCACUGGGGACCCGGGUGAGAUUGGCCCCAUUGGGCCUAAAGGAUACCGAGGUGAUGAGGGACCCCCCGGUACUGAGGGUGUCAGAGGUGUCCCAGGACCAGCAGGCCCCCCCGGAGACCCUGGACUGAUGGGUGAGAGGGGUGAAGAUGGCCCCCCUGGAAAUGGCACUGAGGGCUUCCCCGGCUUUCCUGGGUAUCCAGGCAACAGGGGCCCUCCUGGGAUCAAUGGCACUAAAGGCUACCCUGGCCUCAAGGGGGAUGAGGGUGAUGCUGGAGAGCCAGGAGAUGACAACAAUGAUAUUUCACCCCGAGGUGCCAAAGGAGCCAAAGGGUACCGGGGUCCCGAAGGCCCUCAGGGACCCCAAGGAGACAUAGGACCACCAGGACCAGAUGAGUGUGAGAUCUUGGACAUCAUUAUGAAAAUGUGCUCUUGCUGUGAGUGCAAGUGCGGCCCCAUCGACAUCCUCUUCGUGCUGGACAGCUCCGAGAGCAUCGGCCUACAGAACUUUGAGAUCGCCAAAGACUUCAUUAUCAAGGUCAUCGACCGGUUGAGUCGGGAUGAGCUGGUCAAGUUUGAGCCUGGACAGUCACGUGCGGGCGUGGUGCAGUACAGCCACAACCAGAUGCAGGAGCACGUGGACAUGGAGAGCCCCAACAUCAGGAACAUGCAGGAGCUCAAAGAAGCCAUCAAGAAGCUGCAGUGGAUGGCGGGGGGCACGUUCACGGGUGAGGCCCUGCAGUACACCCGGAGAAACCUGCUGCCUCCAUCCUCCUCAAACAACCGCAUUGCCCUGGUCAUCACAGAUGGCCGCUCAGACACCCAGAGGGACCCCACGCCCCUCAACGUGCUCUGUGAUGCUGGCAUCCAGGUGGUCUCCGUGGGUGUCAUGGACCUGUUCGGCUCCUCCCCAAGCCCUGACCAGCUGAACGUCAUCUCCUGCCAAGGCCUAGCACAGCGCCGGCCAAGCCUGUCACUAGUCAAGGAGAAUUAUGCAGAAUUGCUGGAAGACAGCUUCCUGAAGAAUGUGACUGCAGAGAUCUGCAUAGACAAGAAGUGUCCAGAUUACACCUGCCCAGUCACGUUCUCCUCCCCGGCGGACAUCACCAUCCUGUUGGACGGCUCGGCCAGCGUGGGCAGCCACAACUUCCAGACCACCAAGACCUUCGCCAAGCGCCUGGCGGAGCGCUUCCUCACGGCCAAGCACAAGGACCCGGCCCACGACGUGCGCGUGGCCGUCAUGCAGUACAGCGGCACCGGGCAGCAGCGGCCCGAGCGCGCCGCCCUGCAGUUCCUGCAGAACUACACGGUGCUGGCCGGCGGCGUGGACAGCAUGGGCUUCCUCAAUGACGCCACCGACGUCACGGACGCCCUGCGCUUUGUCACCCGCUUCUACCAAGAGACCUCCUCGGGCCCCGCCAAGAAGCGGCUGCUGCUCUUCUCCGAUGGCAACUCGCAGGGCGUGACCGCGGCUGCCAUCGAGAAGGCCGUGCAGGAGGCCCAGCGGGCGGGCAUCGAGAUCUUCGUGGUGGUGGUGGGCCAGCAGGUGAACGAGCCCCACAUCCGCGUGCUGGUCACUGGCAAGACCGCCGAGUACGACGUGGCCUUUGGCGAGCGCCACCUCUUCCGGGUGCCCAGCUACCAGGCCUUGCUCCGCGGCGUCUUCUACCAGACUGUGUCCAGGAAGGUGGCGCUGGGCUAGCGCCCCCUCGAGGGCGCCGCCGCCGGUCCUCCCCGCCCUUCACUACAGCAGAAGUCAAAACGUGAUGUGAAUUUCCCC